GGCAUUGAAUGUUUGCCAUAUAUGUGUUCUGUGAUCCGCCCUGAGUCCCCUUCGGGGUGAGAAGGGUGGAAUAUACUGUAAAUAAAUAAAUAAAUUAGCAAGAAGCACACGCACAAACUUUGGAAGACAAUGUUUCACACUGAGAUUCCUUUUCUUAGGGUUUUCCUUGUGGAGACAAAAAGCAGAGUAUAAAUAUAAUAAUAUUUUUGUCUCAGUGACUAGAGAAGAGGAUCAAAUAGUUGAGGACCAGGCUUUGGUGACAGCAAGCUCCAGCUUGGUCUGUGUAACAAAACUGCAAGGCACAUUGGGGCAACGCGGAGAAACUAAAUCUCAAUCAUGGCACCGCUCCACCUCGUUUAAACUAUUUGCCUUUCCCAUUGAGCCGGAUUUUGUUUCUGCUUCUAUUCUGACGGUAUGUCACGCUAACAGGAUUCCUUGAACAUCAUUGUGGCGGAAAACACACAAUGGAGACCUGACCCACUCCUUUCCAAGAAAUUGAAUGAGGCGUAUUGCCAGGGCCAGAGGCAUGAUGCGGAGUUCCCCAUGUUGAACUUUUCCACCCACCAAACAGGAACACUUAAGUCAGCUCUAUGUCCUGGAUUACGGCCCAAACUCUGGCAUUUCAGGUAUGAAAACCAGGUCUUGUGUGGACAAGCAACACCAGAGUGUGGUUCACAUGGCAAAAACAGCUCACAAAAAAAGAGAGACAAUUUAUGAAAGUGGGUUGUUGUGAGUUUUCCGGGCUGUCUGGCCUUGUUCCAGAAGCAUUCUCUCCUGAUGUUUCACCCACAUAGGUGGCAGGCAUCCUCAGAGGUUGUGAGGUGUGUUGUGGAGGCAAGUGGAGUUUAUAUAUCUGUGGAAUAUCCAGGGUGGGAGAAAGAACUCUUGUUUGUUUGAGGCAAGUGAGAAUGUUGCAAUUGGCCACCUUGAUUAGCACUGAAUAGCUUUGCAACUUCAAAACCUGCCUGGGGGCAUCCUUUGUUGGGAGGUGUUAGCUGGCCCUGAUUGUUUCUUGUCUGGAAUUCCCCUGUCUUCUGAGUAUUGUUCUUUAUUUACUAUCUAAAAUCAGGGCAGUAACUGGCUGUUAGGAAUUGUGGGAGCUGGAGUCCAAAACACCUUGCGGGCCAAAGUUUGAGCAUGCGUGUUUUAGCCUGUUCCCUGCACUGGCCCCAGGAUAAACUAAUAAGGCUCCGGCCCAGUUUAUAUUAAUGUUAUUCCUUUUCUGCAGAUUUUUCUAAUCUGGGGCGUAGAGUGCAGUCAUCCAUGGCAAAACCCAUCUCUGUUCUUCUGGUAUCUGCCACCUGGUCCUUGGCCAGUAUUCAUCUUGAUUUCCAGCGGAAACUCAGACUUCAUUUGUCAAAAGACCCGUUUAUUUGUCUUUUUUAUGGGAGCGGCCACCGCAGGAGAAAGGGUAGGGCAGCAAGGCUGGUGGAAGCUGGCACGCUGUAAAUAUCACCCUCCGCGGCCAGUACUGCUACAGGAUAAACUGAGUUUCCCAGCUCAAUGUCAAGGCAUAGGAACUGAGCUCCAGCAAUAUGUCUCUUAAGUACAACGUCCGGGUGGCAACAGGCAACUUUGUCUGCUCGGCCACCCUCGACUCCAUUUCCAUCACUUUGGUGGGCACCGAGGGAGAGAGCCCCAAAACUGUCUUGGACAACUGGGGUGUGGACUUCUAUGUCGGAGCGGUGAGUGAUUACAAAGUCUGCUGCCAGCGCGACCUGGGAGAAAUCGUGCUCCUGCGUCUCCACAAGCAGAUCAAGCUCUCCCUCAUCCCCACUAGCUGGUACUGCAGUUUCAUCACGGUGACGUCCCCCAAAGGGGUGGCCUACCAUUUCCCCUGCUACCAGUGGAUGGAAGGGCGAGGGUCUUUGGAGCUGCGGGAGGGGACGGGUGAGUCGUUCUCUGGGGAGAGAAAGAGGAACAUCUUCCAAAGGUGUCCUCCCUACUCAGCAGGAUGACUAUUGUU